AUGUAUAAUAAUAAUAAUCACGAUGGUUGGAUUAAUGGUUUUAAUUUUAAUGAUGAUACUCAAAACUCUGUCGUCAAUAAUUUAAUUCUUCAAAAUCCUGGUGGAAAUAAUUUCACUCACCAAAACCCUAAUUACAAUAAUAACUUAUUUCAUAAUAAUUUUUUUAACCAGAACUCUGCCAACAAUGAUGACGCUCAUCAAGACACGAUCUAUAAUGAUUCUAUUCAUCAAUAUUAUAGUAACACCCCUAAUAAUCCAGUUACAAGUAAUACAAACACUGGAACCAUUUAUCAAAACGUCAAUGACAAUAAUUCCGUUCAUCAAAACAUGUUUCAUAAUCAUCCCAUUCAUCAAAACCUUGGAGAAAUAUAUCAAAACUUCGGUGACAAUAAUUCCGUUCACCAAAACAUGGUUCAUCAAAACCCCGAAGGCAUUCAUCAAAACUCUGGUAAUAAUAAUUACAUUCGCCAAAACAUGAUUUAUAAUCAUCAAAAUAAUUUCAUUGCUGAACAGAACUCGGGUAAUAUUACGAGCACUAAUUAUCAGAAUUCCGUUAACGGCGGCUUCGUUGGUCAAAAUAGUUCCAAAGAUCAACAGUUAAUUUACAUCACACUCCUACUUCAAAAUAUCCAAAAUGUCGUAAAUCAAUUGCUGAAUAAUAAUAACAAUAACAACAAUAACUGA